UGAUAUUUGAUGUUGAUGUUGAAGUGUUUUGUCGGACUGACGUAAUUCUUUCACGCUUAUUUUCCAUUCUCAAAAAUCUUCAUCGCUACAUCCUCCCAAAGCAAGUCCACACCACGGCUAUACCUAUCCUAAAUCCGUAACCCUGCUUAGUCACCCUGCUUAGUUCCCUUUACCCACAAAGAAGAAGAGAAGAAGAAGAAAGACUGUCAUCAAAAGAAGUUGGACGCAAGAGCCAAGUUGCUACGCGCCCUAACCCACAACAACAACAACAACAACUGACCAUCAGCAUGGCUAGCUAGAAGGUGUGGUUGCGGUUUGUCAGGAGGUUCAAGCUAGCUUGAAGGCUGUGAUACCAUCAAGUAUUUGGAGAAAUGCAGGGCCAUGAAAAUGACUGUGAAAAUGAGAAGAAAUGGGGCUUUGAUCUUUCUCAACUCUACCUCUUGGCUGUCAAGUUUUACAAAGAGAAGGAGGGUAAGGCGCUGCAGCUCAGCUACGCUGCUCGGAUGGAGUUUGUGUCUCUCACCCAGCAGGUGGCUCACGGGCCAUGUCGGCCCGACACCCUGCCGCAACUGGGGGUACUGGACAUUGUCGGGCGCGACAGGAGGGAGGCCUGGCAGCGGCUGGGUGAUAUGAGCCGCCCAGACUCUAUGGUCCGCUACAUAGAGAUGCUGGACGCCGCCUGUCCGAUCUUCCGACCGUUCGCCGAGGCUCACAGAAGGGACCUGGAGGCUCAGGAGCGCAGAAGAGAGGAGGAAAGAGCAGCGGAGGAGCAGAGGAGGCAGGCAGACGAACGGGAGCGCCUUCAGAGGGAGCUGGAACUCAGUCGACAGGCAGAGACCAAGAGGCGCAUUCAGGACGGUCUCAACCGUCAGACGUACGGACAGUUCCGUGUCUACGCCUCCCAGCAGUACCCGGGAAACCCCGAACAGCAAGCGGUUUUGAUACGGAAGCUGCAGCAGCAGCACUAUCAGCAGUACAUGCAGCAGCUGUACCAGCACCAGCACCGCCAGCAGCAACAGCAGCAGGAACGUCAACAGCAACAACAGCAGGAACAGCAGCAGCAGGCCGCGGACCCCGUGACAGCCUCCGAUCGAGUCCCAGACGGGGACAGUAUGUCGCCUGACGGGCAGAGAAGACUGGACGCAGAAAGCACCACCCAUGUCCCACAACUUACAUCUCCGUCGGAAACAGAUGCUUCAGAUGACAGCGGUCAACUGAAAGACGAUGACAUCCGCCGGCUGGCUGAGGCCAAGAUGUGGAUUCGCGGCGACCUGGAGCAGUUUAAGGCGACCAUACGCUCGGAACGGACCAGAGGGGUGCAGACCGUCGGACAGGGACAGGUGGUCACGGUACGAGUCCCCGCGCGCGCAGACGGCACCUGUCUGUUCUGGGAGUUCGCCACCGACGGGUUCGACCUGGGCUUCGGCGUCUGGUUCGAGUGGGGGCCCACGACGCAGUACGAGGUCACUGUGGAGGUCAGCGAAGGAGCUGACGAAGAACAACCGCCGGGGGAAGAGGGAGCCGUGUCGUCGCCGGGACAGGUAGCGGAGAACCACACCGCCCGGACCAGCUGCGUGGUACCCGUGUACCGGCGCGACUGUCACCUGCACGUCUACGCCGGCUCACACCGGUUCCCCGCCCACGAGAGUGACGCUAUGGGUGUGGACGUCGCUCCGGCCGGCACGCUCCAGCGUCUGGCCUCGCUGUGGGGCUGUGACGUCACCUCGGCCGAGAUGGCCCAGCAGCUGGACCAACACGACAAGCUGGCCUCCUUCCGCAACCAGUUCCAGCUGCCCAAGAUGGCCACUCUGCCUGGAGUGGACCUGAAUAUGAUCGACCCGAGCGAUGAGGUGAUCUACAUGAACGGCAACUCGCUGGGCCUGAUGCCCAGGAGGACCACCUGGUACUGUGAGAAGAUUCUACAGCAGUGGGGAGACAUGGGCCACGAGACUCACUUUGAAGGUCUGUUGCCGGCGGCCAAAUGUGACCUGGAGGUGACGGAAUCGCACGCGCGGCUGGUCGGCGGCUGCCUGGACGAGGUGGCUGUUAUGAACGGCCUUACGGUGAACCUCCACCUGCUUCUGACUGCCUUCUACCACCCUACGCCGCUGCGACACAAGAUCCUCAUCGAGGACAGGGCUUUUCCCAGCGACAAGUACGCCGUAAGGUCGCAGGUGCGUCGUCAUGGUUACGACCCGGAUAAUUCAGUGCUCCUCCUGAAACGCCGCCCUGGUGAGGACAUCUUCCGCAUGGAGGAUGUCCUACGCACGAUCCGGGAGAACGCCUCCAGCAUCGCCGUGAUCAUGAUCGGCGGCGUGCAUUAUAUGACAGGUGGGCGACAGAGAAACAGGAAUAGGAUUGUAAAAGUAGGUGAUCGCUGCCUAGUCCCAACGUAACCUCGACGUAACCAUUUUAUAGGUAUUUGUUUUAUUUAUAACGCAAAUACCCCGAAACACAUUAAAACACAUAGUUCAACACGAA